UUUAAUUGUUUAUUUGAGUCGAAGUCUGUAUUUCCGAGUGGUCCUUGAACUCACUCUGGUCUGAACACGCCUCCCCAAAAACAUGACCAGGUAACGCGACAGAAAGCGCUCAGAAAAAAACGGGCCAGUCCAGUUAUUACACCGAGAAAUCCGCUCUCCACCCGCCCGUCUGUGAGACCUGUGUCCCCGGGGUCCGAACGCUUUCCUCGGACACUUUUCUGGACUUUACCGCUGCGAAAAACACACUUUCACGAAGCUGUCAAGACGCGGAGUAAUCUUUACGCUUUUGAAUUCAAGACAAACUUUCAACUGGAUUUAGCAAAUUUUACGAAAUAAUGGACCGAUACGACAAUCUGGAGCUGGAUUUGGAGUGCGAUGGAGGAGGAGGAGGAGGAGGUGUCGCUCACCGAGCUUCAUUGUUUGGAGGAAUGUUUAAGAAAUCGACCAAGUCCAACACAGAGCAUUCUCUCUCUGUCCACUCACAGGACAGUCUCACCAUGAACAGUGAACUAUCAAACAGUAAUGACAGUUUGACGGACAACAACAACUACAAGGACAAGUCAAGUGGUUUUAAAGACAUGUUUAAAAAGUCUAAAUCAUCCAAGGACAUGGCACAGACUUCUCUCUCAGUCACAAGCCCCAAGCUCUCCAACAGCACGGACAGUUCAACCGAAAACAAACCAUCAAAGGACAAAACUGGAGCCAUGGGUGCGCCUCCCCGGCUUCCCCCCAGACCGGAGCACCUCGGCCGGGCUUCACAGGACAAUUUGAAUUGUGACCCCAACUCCAACACCGAUAAUGUGACAGAAAAUACAGCGACCAAAGAGUCCAGUGGUAUGUUUGGGAUGUUUAAAAAGUCUCCUAAACCCACUAGAAGGCCUUCUCAGGAUAACCUAUCGACUUCCAGUGAUGGCAGCCAGGACACUAAGGAGGGAGGAGGAGUAUUCGGUGGAAUGUUUAAAAAGUCCCCAAAGAUUUUCACUCGAACACAGUCUCAGGAUGAUUUGUCUGAUUCCACUGAAUCCACAGAAGUCAGUCAGUCUGAAAACACUAAGGUGAGGAAAAAGGAGGACUCUUCAGCGGAGGAUCUCACUGGUGACCUCUCAGGCAGCAAAGAGGAACUAUCAGACAAUAAUAACACAAAGGAUGAUUUAACUGCAGACAGUGAACUUUCAAACAGCCAAGAAAACCUGACUGAGGAUAACACUAAAGAUGAUUUAAGUGCAGAUGGAGAACUCUCAAAGAGCCAAGAAAACCUGGCAGACAGUAACACUAAGGAAAAGAGUGGAAUGUUGAGUGGAGUUUUUAAGAAGCCAAAGUUUGCCAGAUCACAAUCAAAGGAUAAUUUAAGUUCAGACGGUGAACUCUCAAAGAGCCAAGAAAACCUGGCAGACAGUAACACUAAGGAAAAAAGUGGGAUUUUUUGA